AUGGCAGCUAACACGCCCUCGGCGUCCACGGCCCCGGCCAUCAUCGACGACUCCCUCCCCGCCCGUAUAUCUGCGUCGUGCCCCGAAGACGUCAAGCUUAUCCUCCAUCACGCCUGGGCCCACGAUACUUCCGACCUCAAGGCCCUUCUCGACGCCCCUGGCAAGGCGAGCCUUCAGGAUCCUGAAACCGGCGAGGCACCGCUUCAUGCCGCCAUCCGAGCCUGUGGCCCUGCCGACCCCUCCCCGGAUGCCGACAACACCGCCGCCGAUGAGGCCAAGGAUACCCUCCAAGAACUCUUUCUUGCUGGUGCCAUCUGGAAUGAUGUAGAUUGCAACAACGAGACCCCCGGCUGCGUCGCUGACCGCCUCGGCCACCCUUCUCUCUACCGCGCUUGCGUCGAGGCAGGUGUCCGCGCCGAGCUCCUCUUCGGCCUGCUGGACGAGUACGAGGAGCUUUCCUCAGGUUCGGUCGACGACAUGGAAAUCGUCGAGGAAGAAGAAGAUGGCGAUGAGGCCCCUGAGCUCGUAGAUGCCAACGGCCACGACGUCGUUGCCGACGAGGAAGCGAAGAAGACAGAGGAGUCAGAGGUCAAGCCCGAUGUAAACUCGGAAGCGUACCUCGCCUCGGACCUUACGUACGACGACGUCAAGCUCGUCGACGACGAGGGCAACGGCGUCAUGAUGGCGUGGGAGACUUCCAUCAUGCGCCGCUCUGUCGAUGUUCUGGCUCCGUGCCUCCGCGUCCGAGCCGGCUCUCGCCGAGGGCAAGCGCGUGCUCAACAUCGGGUUCGGGAUGGGUAUCAUCGAUGGCCUGUUCGCGGAUACCAAGCCGGCACGGCACCAUAUUAUCGAGGCGCAUCCGGCUGUGCUGGCGCACAUCGACAACGGCGGCACAAACUUUGGCGCCGCGUGGGAGGCGAACGGGCCUGA